CAUGUGACACGUGAGUGGGGUUGAGCGGGGAGGAGUGGCGCUGCUGCCCACUCGGCUGUUGCUGUAGAUGAUAACAGAGACGUCGAAACGGAAGCACCAGUCAAUAGUAGGGGGCGAGUUAAACCACAACAUGGGACCCAGGACGAGAAACACCGUGGCCCUCAGGGUCUGGAAGACGGCGCCCGUGUCCGUUUUUGUCAGCUUCUUGGUUUGCCUGUGUGCCAUUAAUGCUGAUGACAGCGCUAUGGAGAACAUUGUAACCGAAAAGAAGGCUGAGGAAAGCCAUAGACAGGACAGUGCCGACCUGCUGAUAUUCAUCAUGCUGCUUACCCUCACGAUCCUAACUAUAUGGCUCUUCAAACACCGCCGGUUUAGGUUUUUACAUGAAACCGGACUAGCCAUGAUAUACGGCCUGCUGGUGGGUGUGGUUCUGCGGUACGGAAUCCAUGUUCCCCGGGAUAUCAACAAUGUCACACUGAGUUGCCAUGUCAAUGCAAGCCCACCCACACUGCUGGUGAACGUCAGCGGCAAGUUCUAUGAAUACACUCUGAAGGGCGAGAUAAGUGCCAGCGAGGUCAACGAUGUGCAGGGCAACGAUGUGCAGGACAACGAGAUGCUGAGGAAGGUGACUUUUGACCCUGAGGUGUUCUUCAAUAUUCUCCUGCCUCCAAUCAUUUUCCAUGCUGGCUACAGCCUGAAAAGGAGACACUUCUUCAGGAACAUGGGGUCCAUCUUAGCCUAUGCCUUUGUGGGAACCGUCAUAUCAUGUCUCGUCAUUGGAUUGCUGAUGUACGGCUGUGUGAUGCUGAUGAAGCAGGUGGGCCAGCUGGGCGGGGACUUCUUCUUCACUGACUGCCUGUUCUUCGGAGCCAUCGUCUCCGCCACGGACCCAGUGACGGUCCUGGCCAUCUUUAACGAGCUGCAGGUGGAUGUGGACCUCUACGCUCUGCUAUUUGGGGAGAGCGUCCUGAAUGACGCGGUGGCCGUGGUGCUGUCCUCGUCCAUCGUAGCGUACCAGCCCACGGGGGAUAAUAGCCACACGUUCGAGGGCAUGGCCUUGCUCAAGUGUUUGGGCAUGUUCCUGGGGGUGUUCAGCGGCUCCUUUGCACUGGGCGUGGCCACCGGACUGGUGACGGCGCUCGUCACCAAGUUCACCAAGCUGCGGGACUUCCAGCUGCUGGAGACGGCGCUCUUCUUCCUCAUGUCCUGGUCCACCUUCCUGCUGGCAGAGGCCUGCGGCUUCACAGGGGUGGUGGCUGUGCUCUUCUGCGGGAUCACCCAGGCUCACUACACCUUUAACAACCUGUCCCCAGAGUCUCAGGACCGCACCAAACAGUUGUUUGAGCUGCUGAAUUUCCUGGCGGAGAAUUUCAUCUUCUCCUACAUGGGCCUGGCGCUCUUCACCUUCCAGAACCACAUCUUCAACCCCACCUUCAUCAUCGGGGCUUUCCUGGCUGUGUUCCUGGGCAGAGCCGCCAACAUCUACCCCCUGUCCCUGUUCCUCAACCUGGGCCGCCGGCACAAGAUCGGCUCCAACUUCCAGCACAUGAUGAUGUUCGCAGGGCUGCGGGGGGCCAUGACCUUUGCCCUCUCGAUCCGGGACACGGCCACGUACGCGCGCCAGAUGAUGUUCUCCACCACCCUGCUCAUCGUCUUCUUCACCGUGUGGAUCUGCGGGGGCGGCACCACCCCAAUGCUGUCCUGCCUGCGCAUUCGUGUGGGAGUGGAUUCUGAUCAAGAUAAUUCAAUCAGCACAGAUGGAACUGAGAGAAAGAGCACCAGACAGGAGAGUGCCUGGCUGUUCAGAAUCUGGUACAACUUUGACCACAAUUACCUGAAGCCCAUCCUCACGCACAGUGGGCCCCCCCUCACGGCCACCCUGCCCGCCUGCUGUGGCCCGCUGGCCCGCUGUCUCACCAGCCCCCAGGCCUACGAGAACGAGGAGCAGCUGAAGGACGAUGACUCGGACCUGAUCCUGAACGACGCCGACAUCAGCCUGGCGUACGGGGACGUGACGGUGAGCACGGACGCCUCGGGGGCCCACACCAAGGCCGGGGCCCGCCCCCCCGCAGACCGGGCCCCGGAUCGCGAGCAGGCCACCCGCGGCACGCGGCUGGUCCUGCCCAUGGACGACUCUGAGCCCGCCCUCACCCGCGCCCAAAUCUCACCCGCCAUGGGCAGCCAGCCGGCCUGAGCGCAGAGCCAGAGACUCCGCCCUCAUCCCUCCCCUCCUCUCUCUCUCUCUCUCUCAUCCUUCCUUCGGGAUCAGUAUCUCUCUUUUUCUUCUUUCUUUUAUAGUCUCUUUCUCUAGAUUUGGCUACUGUUUCUGUUGCUCUACCUCACUGUCUUCAUGAUCUCCCUCUCCUCUUACCCUCUUUGUAAUAUGUAAAUAUUUAUUUAUUUGUUACAUAUGCGUAAUUUUAAUUCAUUCACACGGAGAUGUUUAACCAUGCUUACCCAGUAGAAGUCCUUGUGCCAUCCUUACCCUCAUCCUUACCGUGCCAUGGGAUCAUUGAGAGAGGUACUUAGACACACGCUCGCCAAACUCCCGCAGGGUUGCCACAGCCAGCCUGAGACGCUGCUUUUCUUGACGAGUGUAGCGAGGUGUAGAAUGAUGCGAGCUGCCGUUCGCCUCCUCACGCAGCGCGCAUGCUUAGCGGGGCUUCUAAUGUGCGGAGGAUCAGGAGGGACUCGGUCGCCACCCUCCCAGCUAGUCUCUCCUUUACCAGUAGGUGGCGCUGUAGGGCUGUUGGUCUCUCCUUUUCUGUGCGACAGCGCUAGUCAGAGGCAUGGCUUCUUAGUGGCUCUGUGUUGCUGCGCUGUUACAACCAAGUGCCUGAAGAGUACAGUCCCACCCCCCCCCUGCAGAAAUACCCCCCCCCCCCCAUUGGGCAGUGAAUCCUGUGCGCUCAUUAUUGAGUUUGUACUUCUGAGCUUUUUUACCCAAAGCUGUAUUUUAAUGUGUGCUGUCAGUGCAACGUGCCACAAGUCUGGGAUCUAAUAGGUUGGCCUCUGACUGUGACAGCAAUGAGGGUUUUACACCUUGUUAUAUAAUUGACGUUGUGUACUGCAAAAAAAAAUAAUCUAGUGUUGUCCUGAAGUAGGAAAUGAGUGCCCUUUUUUGGUGUCCUAAGGUUUUCUGAGAACUAAAUUAUUACAGCCUCAAAAAAUAUUUUGUAUUUAUUUAGUAAUUGUGGUUUGGAAGUACUUUUAAUAUUCUCGGUCUAACUAACAUUUUUGCACUUGGGUUUGGAAUGGAAAGUAGGCCUACUGUUCAAUAAAUACAGAAAUAGAAAUGAUGUGAGAAAUGUAGAAUUAGCAGUUUUAAUGUGGAAUCUCUUUUGUGUAAGAUCCCCUGAUGAAGGCAAAAUCAAGAGCUUUUAUUUAACAAUUUGCUAAGGAUAUAUUCUCGCUAUAGUAUAUUCUUAACAAAUAAUUCUAAACAAAUAAUACAAGCAUUACUGUUUUAAUGUUUCAGUAAUUACUGUCUGUAAAAAAUGCCAGCAGACAUCCUGGGAAAAUCCCAGAUUUUUUUUUUUUUCUUCAUGUUUGAAACGGUACCUUACUGACCUUUUAAAGCUUUCCAGCACAGUAAUCCUAGCCAUUACUUGUCCUUUUGCACUUGUGGGGUGGCCAAUCUUCACUGAAUUUAAACCGGGUCACUAGUUGCAAUUCAGACUUGAUCAGAGGGUACUGGCAGUUGAAUUUGAAUUUAAGCUUUGGAAUUUUUGCAUUUCAGUUGAGUUUGGCACUGAAAGAAUGGGAAGCAAUGAUUCCUUGGUAGUGCCACCUCCUGGGGGUUUACUUUGUUGCACUGCAUUGUUCUGCAUUGAUCAUGGGUAAAGGCAAGUGUAGCUUACGGUGAGUUGUAUGGAUAAAUAUCAUGCUUGAAAGAGAAAUACAUUAAUUAAUAUAUAUAACAUCUGGGGGAAAAAAAGAUGUUCGUGUUUAUCGUGCUUUUAAGGAUUGUGCGAAAAUAGGCCAAAGAGAAAAUAAUUGCGUUUUGUAAUUGUUAAUGGCUCAAACAAUUUUAUGUGCCAAAGUGUGUUCUUUUUGUUGGUUUAGGAUGUUGGUUGAAUUUGAGGUCACGCUGAAAUGAAAGAGCAUUGAUCGGAGGAUUACUUCAUUGAAUGACUACCGCAAAGAUAUUUUAAAGGCUUUUUACAGUAAUUUUACAACUAUGUUUUGGGAUUAGAUGCUUUGUUAGCAGGUGAGAGAGAUCUUUGUGUGAACCCUAGGUUGCUUUAAAGAGACACUUUAUUUUUGAGAGUUGGGGUGGCCAGUGUAUACAGGUUGAGUGAAAAAUGUGGCAAAGCGGUUAUCUGAAUUAUUUUUGAUUUUUGAUGGCAAUUUGAGCCAUAAACAAUUAAUAGUAAGUGUCAAAUAUUAAUUGUCAAGUAAAUUCAGUGUCACUAUUUCUGCACAUUCUGGAUUGUUGCAUUUUUAUUUCGAGUCAGUGGUGAACUGAUUAAAGUUUGGAAUUGGGUAGCAUAUUGAGCCUUGAAUGAUGGCUGUAGAUGCAGUUCUUUUUUCAUAAAGUUCAGGUUUGGGCAGAGGAUCAUUCUCUCAGUAGGUCAGAAUCUGUUUCUGAAUUUAACGUUGAUCAGUGAGAAAAUCAGGUCCGUACUUUUCUAGGACACGUAAAUCAUUCCCCUGUGUGAUGUAACAAUAGCACCGUGGAACAUGAAAAAGAUGUUUCCGUAGUAACACACUGUCAGUGUAGGAGGGAGCUGGCUAUAAUCCAUCCACUGUGAGGAAGCACUCUAGUGAAUACACUGAUUGAUUGACUAAUUGAUUGAUUCAUUGAUUGAUUGACUGUUAUCUCCUGCCAUGUAGGAAUGAAGGAGCAUGUUUUCUCCUAAUUUUUUAAUGAAGAGUCUUGACUGUGCAAUGUAUUUGAAGUAAGUUUUUUUUUUUUUUUUUUUUUUGCGCCAAGGGAAGGUGUUGGAAGAUGUUUAGCGAUUGCACAUUGUAUUUAUUUGCUUAUGUUUAUUUCCUGUGGGAAGUCAUGUAUUACACGUCUAAGCUGCUGUACAAAACUGAAUGAAGAUAAAUGAAGAAAUUUGACAGGUCUCAGGAGAGUGGGGUGAGUUUUUUUUUUUUUUUUUUUUUCCCCUUCUUCUCCCAAUCAAACUGGGAGGUUGACGGAUAGUGAAAUCCAUAUGGUAGUGAUCAGCUCUAGGACAGAACUGAAGUAAAUAUCGGGCACUUCAGCUGGGAAUGCAGAAGCAGUGAUCCAUCCACCGAUUCAGACAUUUCAUUCUGCAUUAUUAUUACCACUGCAUCUAUUUAGAUCAUCAUGUUGUAUAUUAUGUGAGGUACAGUCCACAGGAAUAUUUACCUGUCUGAAUAUUAACGCAGAUGCUCUGAGAUCUAAUGUUAACUGUUUACAAAAAAAAGCUGACCUUAUACUAACUAUUCUUCUGUCCUUUAAAUUUGACGCUGACCAUGACCCUUGACCCCGCCUGAUCUGUGAUGCAUAAUCAACAGUAGAGCUCCGCUUGCUCUUCCAACUCUGGUACAUGUAGCAUCUGUGUGCAUUUCAGUGGCAAAUGGUCUGUGUGAGACCGGUCAGCUAAAGAAUAAACGUGUAAGUGAGGAUCUUUUUUUUUCCUAUUUGAAUAUGUUACUGGUGAUUGCUUGCACAUUUAAAUAUAGUAACUGUUGAAAGUAGCGGAGUAAGACUUUGGGGUCUUUGUUAGAAGACAACAUUUGAUGUUUUAUCGGUACUUAGCUAUGUGAUGGACUUUGUCUCGGCUACUUCUUUUAUAUUAAUGUUGCAUUUUCCAGCUGUAUUAAUACCACUGUCUGUAAAUAUCUUCAUACGUCCAUGUGCAUUGAAUGGUCAAUAAAACUACAUGUGCAUUUCUUUAAAAAUGUG